AAGUGGACGUACCAAAUCUAGAAUUAUUUUGUUUGGUAAGAGCUUUUUUAAUAGUUUGGAUUAGAUGGUUCAGCUAAAACUGUCUUAAAUUCCAGAAACCUCGUCGACAUCUCCUUUUUCUCCUACUCACACAGACACAGGGUUAGGGUCUUUGUUACAAGAUGCAGCAGCCACCGCAAAUGAUUCCUGUGAUGCCUUCAUUUCCACCCACAAACAUUACCACCGAGCAGAUUCAAAAGUACCUUGAUGAGAACAAGAAGUUGAUUUUGGCAAUUUUGGACAAUCAAAAUCUUGGAAAACUUGCAGAGUGUGCUCAGUACCAAGCUCAGCUUCAAAAGAAUUUGAUGUAUUUAGCUGCAAUUGCUGAUGCACAACCUCAAGCACCAGCAAUGCCUCCCCAGAUGGCCCCACAUCCUGCAAUGCAAGCAGGGGGAUUUUACAUGCAACAUCCUCAGGCAGCAGCAAUGGCUCAACAACAAGGAAUUUUUCCUCCAAAGAUGCCAUUACAAUUCAGUAACCCUCACCAAAUUCAGGAUCCACAGCAACAGUUACAUCAAGCUAUGCAAGGGCAAAUGGGAAUGCGGCUUGGUGCUUCUAACAAUGGCAUGCAUCCCAUGCAUGCUGAGAGUACUCUUGGAGGUGGUGGCAGUGGAGGGGUUCCUUCAGCAGCAGGCCCAAAUGAUGUCCGUAGUGGAAACAAGCAAGAUGCUUCUGAUGCUGGGACAACAGGUGCUGAUGGUCAGGGAAGCUCAGCUGGUGGACAUGGUGCCGGUGACGCAGAUGAGGCAAAGUGACAAGGUCCCAUGAGUGGCUGACUGUGGUUGUUGAUAGUAGGUCCAGAGAUGUUUAGUAGUUGGAGCUUAGAAUUGAAGUUUUCAUUUACUCGAGUUUUUAACAGAUUAGGUAAGGUCAGUUGUGUUGUAAGAAAGUCUUGGCAUGCCAGUGAAUUGAGUUACAAAGUUGAGACAAUGGCGGUCUUAGUUGUGAAAAGAGAAGGCUGAAGCAUGUGGCCUCUCCCUCCAUGUUUAUCAUUUUGUAAUAACUUGAAAUGCAUGCAUCGUGUUUUAGAA